AUGAUUUCUGAAACUAAGGGAUCCUUUCAAGUCAAGGCUGGACUUGCUCAAAUGUUGAAGGGCGGUGUCAUUAUGGAUGUUGUAAACUCUGAACAAGCUCGCAUUGCUGAAGCUGCUGGUGCUUGUGCCGUCAUGGCUUUGGAGCGUGUUCCCGCUGACAUUCGUGUUCAAGGUGGCGUUGCCCGUAUGUCUGAUCCUACUAUGAUUAAGGAAAUUCAGGCAGCUGUUUCUAUUCCCGUCAUGGCUAAGGUUCGCAUUGGCCAUUUCGUUGAGGCCCAAAUCCUCGAAAGCAUUGGCGUCGAUUAUAUUGACGAAUCUGAAGUCUUGACUCCCGCUGAUGAUGCUCAUCAUGUUGAAAAAGCCAAUUUCACUGUCCCUUUCGUAUGUGGUAGCCGUAAUUUGGGAGAGGCUCUUCGCCGUGUUUCUGAAGGUGCUGCUAUGAUCCGUACCAAGGGUGAAGCAGGUACCGGUGAUGUUGUUGAAGCCGUCCGUCAUACCCGUCAAAUGCAAGGUGAACUCCGCCGCGUCAAAAACAUGGCUCCUGAAGAGCUAUAUACCUUCGCCAAGGAAAUUGGUGCCCCUAUUGAUCUUGUUCGUGAAUGCGCUCGUUUGGGUCGUUUGCCCGUUGUCAAUUUCGCUGCCGGCGGUGUUGCCACUCCUGCUGAUGCUGCCAUGAUGAUGCAGCUUGGUUGUGAUGGUGUCUUUGUUGGCUCUGGUAUCUUCUUGUCAGGUGACCCAGCUAAGCGUGCUCGUGCCAUUGUUCGCGCUGUUACCCAUUAUCAGGAUCCCAAGAUCUUGGCUGAGGUUAGCGAAAACCUUGGUUCUGCCAUGGUAGGUAGGAGUGUUCAGUCUUUGGAAGAGAAGGAUAAGCUUGCUACUCGCGGUUGGUAA